UUCCUAGGUAUCCUCAGCAUAUGAAAUGAUCAACCAAAAGAAAGUGAAAAUAUGCAAACAGAAUUUGCAAUGUCAAUCUUAAACCGUGCACCACACGAACCCUUACAAAUGUAGCAGCUAUAACCUUAAGAGCAAAGCUGACCAUAACUUCAGAUUCUUAUAGGCAAGAAAAAAGGAGAAUGCAAAUUUUCCGCCAAGCAAUCGGGUAUUACCACAAAUGCAAGGUGCACUCAUAUAACAAACAACAAACCACACUAUUUUCUCCAAAAAAUAAUCAAAACGGUCUUACUGGCGCAAAAGCAGCACAAUCGCACACAAUCUCGGACAAAGGGUUGCAGAACACAACAGUAGCAGAAGUUCUAAUGACAAAAGGACAAGAAAAAGUUGGGUCUUGGCUUUGGUGCAACACAGACGAAACUGUCUAUGAUGCCGUGAAGCGGAUGGCACAGAACAACAUAGGGUCAUUGGUGGUUCUGAAGCCCGGUGAACAACAGCAUAUAGCAGGAAUUCUCACAGAACGAGACUACCUGCGGAAGAUGGUCCUACAAGAUAGGAUCUCUAAAUACACAAAGGUCGGGGAGAUCAUGACCGAACAGGAUAAGCUAAUAACAGUAACAUCAGACACAAGCAUUCUGCGAGCAAUGCAGCUCAUAGAAUCACAUAAGGCAUGUCCCAGUUAUAGACGGGAGGAUUGUGGGAAUGAUAUCUAUUGUGGAUGUGGUUCGAGCAGUAGUGGAGCAGCAACAUGGAGAAGUGAAGCAACUCAAAGAGUUUAUAUCAGGAGAUUAUUACUAGAUCUUACAGGCAUCUGAUGAACAAGCCACACCAACCAGAACAGGCGGCUUAUAACUUCAAAUAAAAACAAUGAAAAUCUUUUUCUUCCUUCUUUUUAUAAUGGAGUGAAGAAUGGCUUGUGAGUAGUUUCAAGAAAGUUCAACUGAAAUCACAUGCUUGCACC